AAGAGAGGAGUGAGUGAUCGAGAGGUGAAGAUGAUAAAGAAACAGACAGAGGGAGAAAGAGAGUGACAGAGAGUGAGAGACAGAGAGAGAGGAAGGUAGAGGGAGAAAGGCAGCCGGCACGUGUGUGGGGGGAGAGGGGACGGCAGAGGAAUCAGCGCACAGACAGGUUGCCCCCGUGUCGCUGGUCAGGGGGGCUGCAGCCUGGCUCCCAGCCCCCCAUGGAGGUGGUGCAGCCUGGCAUGGGGAAGACUGUCCGAGAGAAGACAGGACCAGCAGCCAGAGCUGCGGGAGCACCAGAGGAUCCAUGCAGGCCAUGAACAAGACAAGGCGCCUGAUGGGCGGGGCUGGCAUGAGCUUCUCCAACGCCUUCGUGACCACACCCAUGUGCUGCCCAUCACGCUCCUCACUGCUGACGGGGAAGUACGCGCACAACCACGACACCCACACCAACAACGAGAACUGCUCCUCGCCCGCCUGGCAGGCCCACCACGAGCCUCACACCUUCGCCACACACCUCCACGCCGCAGGAUACAGGACGGCCUUCUUCGGGAAGUACCUCAAUGAGUACAACGGCUCAUACGUACCGCCCGGCUGGGGACACUGGGUGGCGUUGGUGAAGAAUUCCCGUUUCUACAACUACACGCUGUGCAGGAACGGCAUGCGCGAGAAGCAUGGUGGACACUACCCCACGGACUACCUUACAGACAUUAUUACCAACGACAGCAUCAGCUACUUCCGUACAUCGAAGAAGACGUACCCUCAGCGGCCUGUGAUGAUGGUGCUGAGCCACGCUGCCCCCCAUGGCCCGGAGGACUCGGCGCCGCAGUACAGCGAUGCAUUCCCCAAUGCCUCCCAGCACAUCACCCCCAGCUACAACCGAGCUCCAAACCCUGAUAAACACUGGAUCCUGCGUUACACACGACCCAUGCAGCCACUGCACAUGCAGUUCACCAACAUGCUGCAGAGGAGGAGGCUGCAGACACUGCUGUCUGUGGACGACUGCGUGGAGAAGGUAUACAAGAUGUUGGUGGACACAGACGAACUAGAAAACACAUAUGUGAUUUACACGGCUGAUCAUGGCUACCACAUCGGCCAAUUUGGCCUGGUCAAGGGCAAGUCCAUGCCGUACGAAUUCGACAUCCGUGUGCCGUUCUACGUGCGCGGGCCUGGCGUGGAGCAUGGCGCUGUCAAUCCACACAUCGUGCUGAACAUCGACCUGGCCCCCACCAUCCUGGACAUUGCCGGGGUCAACGUGCCCCCAGACAUGGACGGCAGGUCUAUACGGAAACUUCUGGGCCCUGGUAAACCUGCAAACAGGUUCCAAGUCCCCGGCGAAGUGGAAGCAUGGAGGGACUCCUUCCUGGUGGAGAGAGGAAAGCCGUUACGCAGGAGGGAUUAUGGGAAGGAGACGCAGCAGGAAGAUAACUUCCUACCAGGCCAGCAGCGGGAGGGGGACCUGUGUCAGCCGAUGGAGCACCAGGCCCCCUGCGAGCAAAGAGGGCAGCAGUGGCAAUGCACAGAGGACCCCUGGGGGACGCUGCGUCUCUCCAAAUGCCCCCCUGCCCAACCUGCCCCUUACAGAGGUCCAGGGAGGUGCAGAUGUGACUCCCUCAGCCUCCCAGCGAGGUCUUUCAGGCCGGAGGAGCCGCCGUCUAAUGAGGACACAAAGACCCGGAGGGUCUUUUUCCAGAACCUUCCGGGCCGCUCCGCUCAUCCUGCCCGCUGGAACCAGAGCUGGGCUGAGGACCGGUUGUGGUGGCGGGGGCGCAGGGGGGGGGAAUGGCAGGACAAAUCCCGGGGACCAAACCUGAAGCCCCCAGCUGGCAGCUACCUGAAGGGGCGAUCUCCACUGAAAGUCACUUACAGGUGCUCCCUCCUGACCAAUAGCAGCGUGCGCUGUGACGGCGAGCUCUACCACUCACUGCGGGCGUGGAAGGAGCACAAGCUCCAUGUGGACCAUGAGAUCGAGACGCUGCAGACCAGGAUAAAGAACCUGCAAGAGGUCAAAGGUCAUCUGAAGCAUGCCCGACCUGUGGAGUGCAACUGCCCCCUAUACAAGCACAAAGUGGAGCUAAAUCAUCAAAGAGGCCACAUGCAUCUGCUCAGGAAGUCGCAGCUUGAGGACAGGAAGCAGCGGCUUCUGAAGGAGCAGAAACGCAGGAAGAAGCUGCGCAAACUGCUGAAGCGACUGCGCAACAAUGACACCUGCAGCAUGCCCGGCCUCACCUGCUUUACGCAUGACAACCAGCACUGGCAGACUGCCCCCUUCUGGACAAUGGGGCCGUUCUGCGCCUGUACCAGCGCCAACAAUAACACCUACUGGUGUGUGAGGACCAUCAACAGCACACACAACUUCUUGUUCUGUGAGUUUGCCACCGGCUUCCUGGAGUAUUUCGACCUCAACACUGACCCCUACCAGCUGGUGAAUGCCGUCAGCUCUCUGCCCCGCAAUGUCCUCAACCAGCUGCGCGUCCAGCUGACGGAGCUGCGCUCCUGCAAAGGUCAUGAGCAGUGCAGCCUGGAGACGGGGAGUAAAACUCAGAGGAGCCUUGAGGAGCACAGGCAGGUUCACCGGCAGCGGAGGCCGAGCUUGAAAAGCGGCACCUUGGGAUCGCUUGAACAGAUUUAGUGCUGGACCGGAGGACUGCACAUUGUAGCCCGUCCGUUUGGACCUCCUGAGGGCUGGAUCUGACAUCACGGACCUCAAACUGACGUUCGCCUGUAGGGUCAGGGGUGGGGCUGUGAGUGGGAGGGCCUGUAGAUGAGGGGUUUAGCCUCCAGAAGCCCCCCAGCUUAUGGUCAGCCUGAUGUGGCUGUAGACACGUCCCAGUCAGCCAGAGCUUGGACUGAAGGCCCUCAUGGGAGUGGUCUGUCUCCGCCCCCCAUCCCGACUUUUACUUAGGGGUGUCCUUCCUUUUGAAACUCUUGUCACAUUCUUAGGCUUCACUGGAUCUGGGUGAAAGUCCUUCCAUAUCAUGGAAUAAAUGCAUACGAGGAGAUACAAGCCUCCAUGAACAUAUAUGAAUAUUGUGACGUACCAUGUUUGUUCAUUUAAAAGGGGAAAGGCGUGAAAUGUCAUUUGUUUGUUUUUGCUAACAGGUCGCAUUGCGCUAUUUUGCCUUUUCAUUAAUGGGUCAGGUAUGCUAGUUUCCCUUGGCUGCUGGAUGCUGAGAUAGCUGUGUGAAGGGGAGGCCAUCGACCAAGUCGACCCAGAAGGGGACAGGCGGUGGCAGCUGUCAGACUUGAAACUGCUGUUCCCUGGUCAAAUCAGGCUGACAUCUCAGAACAGAUUGCAGUACCACACUGUAAGACUGUAGUAACCAAUCCAGGACUACAGUACUACUCAAAGGCAGUACUCGGUCAACUACAAUACCACACUACAACACAGCAGUACUCAAUUCAGAAAUACAGUACCACCCUGGCUGCAAAAUAGCAGAACUCAGUCCACAACUUCAGUACCACACUGCAAGGCAACAGUACUCAGUCCAUGAUUACCGUACCACAUUAGAACUCAGAGUAUUCAGUCCAUAACUACAGUACCAAAAUGUAAUACAGCAGUACUCAGUCCAUAACUACAAUACCACUUUGCAAUUCAGCAGUACCCAGUCCAAAAUUACAAUACCACACCGCAGCCCAGCAAUACAUAUUUGAGAACUACAAUACGAUAUUGUACAUAAAUAUUCAAUUCAAUUUUAUUGAUACAGCACACUUUCACAAUGGUACAUUGUCUCAAAGCGCUUAUUGUAGUAUUGCUGCUGCAUCUCGGUGGCUCGUUUUUGGUGGUUUAUCAUAAGCUUUCUAUAUUUGCUAUUGAGAGAAAAUGACUUUCUUUUUUCCGUCUGUUUUCUGUGCAUGCCAAAUUAGCCUUAGGAAGCUAGCCAGAAGGUAAAAAAUAAUGACCGCACACAAUGCAGUACACAGCACAGAAGUACAGUAUCAUUCCAAAACAAACCACUACUCAAAGUGCAGUAUCAGAACUUUACAUAACAAAUCAGUAGUACUCAUUUCAAAUCAACUCCUCCAACCUUCAAAGUUCAUCUACAAGUUUGAUUCAUUCCCUGUUUUUGUAUUGUGCUGGUAUUUAUCCAAGCGGUUCCCUUCCGUUCUAUUUUCGCCACGUUUCCUGGAUUCUUUAGACUUUGAACCCCACCCUCACUGUCUGAGCUGAGUAUGCUGGUUUAGACCUCAUUUCUACUGGCUGAUGGUUACACAGAUAAAAUUCACAGCCCUUCCCACUGAGUGGUCCUUUUCAGAUGGACAUCCAGCAUUAAAAGUGCGUCAUAUGCGGGCAAUGGUUUUUAUCUCUGCUGUGUCUGUUUUAAGCUCGCCACGUUAUUCCCUGUUAUGGACCUUGUUAAUAAUCCUCCACAUAUUAAAUCUUAUUGUGCCGAAAUGA